AUGAGGCAUUGGAAACGACGCUCAUCCGCAGUUUUGGCCAUCGUCCUGGAGGUAUUAGUGCUCCUCUCGCCUGAUCCUGCAGAGGCCAUGACGAUGGAUCAGUUUUUGGCCUCGCUAGACAUGAUUCGGAAUGGCUGUGCUCCCAAGUUUAAACUUAAUAAAGAGGAUCUGGAUCGGCUUCGCAAGGGAGAUUUCAAUAUGCAGCCAUCGCAGGAUCUCAUGUGCUAUACUAAGUGUGUGUCCCUAAUGGCGGGCACCGUAAAUAAAAAAGGAGAGUUCAACGCGCCAAAGGCCCUUGCGCAGUUGCCACACUUGGUCCCGACGGAGAUGUUAGAGAUAUCCAGGAGAUCUGUGGAGGCUUGCAGGGAUGCGCAUAAAGCUUUCAAGGAGUCGUGCGAGAGGGUCUUUCAAACAGCGAAGUGCCUAGCAGAUAAUGGCGAAGGAAAGUUCAUGUGGCCUUAAAGCGAGUGCUAGAAAUAUUCUAUGGAACCAAAGAAGUUGUAUGAAUCCAGAAACUUGGUUUGGUCUCUUAAAUUCUUGGCUUUAAUUUUCAAAUAAUAAAUAAGUAUUAUAUAAUUUUAUGUGUUAUUUGCAUGAUUUAAGCAAUUGUUUCGUUAAAGCAAAAAACCUUAAAAAUGAUAUUAUUAAAUAACAAAUGACAAAUAAAAGUCACCUUUUGGUUUCAAA